AAACAACUUGUCAGACUUGGCAGCUGUUGCCCCGUCUUAAGGGCAAUUGUUUGGUGCCAUCUACGAGCAUAAAUACAAAAACGUAGAAUCGUAGAAUCGUGCGAUGCCUGCAUCCACACCGGCCGCAAAACCGGCAUCGGCAUCACCAAAACCGGCAGCCGCCGCCGUCAACCAGCGCUGGCACGUCCUCGCGAGCCGGCCCGAGCCCAACACCAGUAAAAUCCAAGAGCUGCGCGAGGAACUGAGGCGUGAAGCCGACCUGGGCCUCACCUACGAGCGCUGGGCCUGGUACCUCGAUGAUGACGCCGUCCUGGACCGCUUCCUAGUAGCCAGGGACGACAAUGUCCAAAAAGCAAGUCGACUCAUCCGAGACGCGCUGGCCUGGCGCCUUCGGAGGAGACCGCACGUCCUGGACUACGCGGAACUGGAUCGGGAGUGCGCCACUGGUAAGUUGAGGGUGGCGCCCUCACUCGAUAGGUUUGGCCGGCCCGUGGUCAUUUUUGAUAAUAGCGUCCAAAAUACGAAAGACGCGGGCGGCCAAUUACGCGCGUUAGCGUUCGUCUUAGAGCACGCGCUGCGACGGUGCGACGGUUCUCAAGUGAGAAAGUACGUGAUCUUCCUCCACCUGAAUGAUUUCUCACUGCGGAACAACCCGUCCUGGGCCGUCACGAAGGAGACGAUGCGGAUGUUGACGUGUUGUUUUGCCGAGUGCUGCGGCCACAUUAUUUUACAUAAUGCGCCGUCUGUUUUUUCAGUGGCUUAUCGGCUCGUGAAGCCUCUGAUCGACCCGAAGACGGCCACCAAAAUAUUAUUUGUUACGGAUAAAGAUGAGGAUAAAAUGACCGAGUUAAUUGGACCGGACUGGCGGGCCAUCACGGGCGCCGGACAAACUCGUUUAGAUAAAUGUUCACCGGGGUAUGAUCAUAGUGUGCAAUGGCCGAUCACGCUGGAGCAUGAUAGGGCGUGGCGCGAACGGACGGGAAAUACGGGCCCGCUGUCCCAUGAAUUCACCGGCUAUUCUGAUGACGAGCCGGCGUCGCCUUUACAAACUGCUUUAGCUCGCAGCGUCGUCACGCCGUCGCCCAUCAAACGGGAGGAGGACCCCCUCGACGUCGAGGUCCUGGGCGGCCCGUCAUCGCCGAAGGCGUGUCAAGGGCCGGAGUCGCCGUUGUACGACCACGCCCGCGCCUUCGAAACGCCUCCCCGUUGGCGCGGGAGCGCCGCGAUACUGGGCGUCGCGUGCUGCGUCGGCGGUAUGGCGUACCACGGCUCGGUGGACACGCCGCGGCGGCCCGCGUAAAAUUG